AAGUCCACCUGAGUCUUCAUACACCUUGUUCUGGAUGUACUUUUGGUGGUAAAACAUGUACGUUUUUUCGAUACGAAAUUGCAAUGAUAUGGGGCAGAAAUGGUUUGUCGCACCGUUGAAAACAAUCGCUAAUGCCACGAUGACGAGUUUUUGUUUGUGACAAUUGUUCCUAAACCACGGCAUUUGUACAGCGCAGCACCUCUUCGAAAAAAAAAAACUAUCAAAUCGUGUUCACAAGCGUUUGUUGUCGAUUUUCUUCGGGUAUGAGGGCAACUUACCCUGUGAUUUUGAUCGAUUCGUUCAACGAUUUUUAAAAGAACCCCGAAAUCGUAUCUCUAGAAACGCCUACGUAAAGCAACACAAAAAUGCUAGACGGAGGAAAUAUAAAGAUGGAGUUUGCCGCACAGAUUCGUGGUGAGGAAUGUGCGACCGCAGUAAGAAGCGCGCUAUCCGGCACCGGUACGGUGACCAUCGAUGUUGACAAAGGUAGCGUGCUGGUGGAAACAUCACUGCCGUGGCUGGAGGUACACAGGCGCAUCGAAGCAACAGGCCGGCGAGCCGUACUGACGGGUUUCGGAGGUCAAUCGGCGGUGGCAAUGGUCGAUCAUGGCAAUGAAGCGAGCAAUGUGCGCGGUGUGGUCCGAUUCUGUACCGUAUCGAGUGUGGCCGGCCAGCGAGGUGCAGUUGUAGAUGGAACGAUCGAUGGCCUAACGCCCAACGGUAGCUAUCGGCUGAAUGUGCACGAAUGUGGAGACCUUUCGCAAGGAUGCAGCUCGGUGGGCGAGGUGUACGAUUCCUGCGAAAUCAGCACGGACGAAAGGGGCCGAGCCACAGUACGCUUGGUCAAUGAUCGGCUCGACGUAAGCGAUCUCAUCGGACGGUCGGUGGUGAUCACACGGGCGGACAAUGCAGGUGAGCGGCUGAGCUGUGGAAUUAUUGCACGGUCCGCAGGCAUUUAUGAGAAUUACAAAAAAAUCUGCGCAUGUGACGGUGUGACGAUAUGGGAUGAACGGAAUAAAUCCGUGCUUUAAAGGUAAUUGGACCUUCCUUCGACCAGGGUUUCCAGAUACGAUUGUCCGUAGGGUGUGGUGGGCUAAAAGCUCCAAAAACAGUAAAACUGUCGGCUUUGGGUGAUAUCGCAUUGAAAUUCCGUUUUGUUAUUUUGUUUUUUUUUUUUUUUAAAUAAAAUGUUACUUCUACUGAUUGACCUUA